GACCACUGCAGGCCUGGCCUUUCUUUUGUCUGUGGUCAUUUUAGGUGGUCUAUCUGUACUCUCUAAUGUCGGGGAAUUACAAUUAUCCUACCGCUUCUCUUCGUGUACCUCGUGGAAGCCGUACCGGCGAUACUAGACCACACCGUCCUACCGGAAAUAGUUUGCAGCAUUUGCGAGAUCUGUUGCAUUCAGAACAUAACCACAGCACUGCCCGUGCCUUAGAGACUCUGAAUGCAGAGAUAGAAGAGUAUCGCUCCGGCCGUGUGUGGGACCGACCAAGCUUCGAAGAGACUGGAGAAACAAUUGAUAGGCAGAUACAGCAACAUAUCCCACGCCCAAUGCAGAGAUUGCAAGCUAUAAAUGUCGCUGCGAUAGACAACAACUCUAGUACUAGUACUGUCGAUUCUUCUAUAUCCUCUAGCGGACAAAUUAAUCGUCCCAGGGGAAUUGAUAGGGCAAGUCGAGAAGGAAGAAAUCGAGGCCCCACUUCCAACCAGCUCAGAGACGAACCGGCACCCCUUAUCGAAGCAGCUACCGGCAUGUCUCAGGAAGCGGAUGGGGAUCAGUGGAGGGUCAAACGUAGAAAACUCGAAUCAGAUGACAACCGAGAGGGUUUGCAGAGCUUCCGGUAUGGCCAGUAUGGCCAGGUUGUGUCCGGAGCUCUGAAGAUGGAAUUGGCUAGCUGUGACGGAGGCACUUAUGAAACCGACGGUGAAAGCACAUGGCCGGAGAACGUCCUUCGCAACGACUCUUCUGUUUACUGUACAAAAUCAGACCAGUGUAAUCUGAUCUUGAAGCAUCGUGGAGAGACCCCGUUCUGCUUGAAGAAGAUUGUGAUCAAGGCUCCCAAGUCUGGCUACGAUGCUCCGAUACAAGAAGGCAUGGUUUUCGUAUCCAUGACUUCAGACGAACUUCUGACCCGUACAGCCCAGUACCAGAUUCAGUAUACAUCUUCUCGACGAAACCGGCGAAAUCGUCGGACCGAAAUGCAGCCUUCCCAGGAAUAUCUAAAUGCGCACCGGCAUCCCCUACAAUCGCUGACUGGUCGGGACUCUUAUUCAGAGUCGGAUACCGAUAUCAGUGACCCCACAGGGCUAAAUGCUGGCGCCAUUCCUGACCCGAUGUCGGCGUUUCGGAUUGUAACAGACUAUGAUGAGCGUUCUGAGGACGGUCAUGACGGUGAUCAGAGAUAUGUGAACGACCUACCACCUCUUGCGGAUGUCGAGAGACUACAGAUGGACCAGAUGGAGGACGAUUUCCUUUGCUCGGACAGUGAUGAUAGCGAUAGCGAUGAAGAUACAUCCGAGUUAAAUACGUACAACCGUCGACGCCGUGAGCUACUCAGGCGCGUGACAUCCAUGCGUCGCCGAUACGCCAUGGAAAGAAAUGGGCAGCCAAGACGACGUCCGAUCCCCAGUAUUAUUCAAUCUAUACCACAGUCCUCCCCCUCGGGUCCAAACGCCGGAUCCGAUGCCCAGAAUCCUAAUCUAGAAUUGUUGAAACCCCACGCUCGUUUUUUCAUUGAACGAACCAAGAGCAUGGUCAGCAUUACAUUCGAUCCACCUCCUUCUGGGCGAUACAUCCUGAUCAAGCUAUGGAGCCCCCACAACGGAGGCAACAUUGAUAUACAGAGCAUCAUAGCACAUGGCUACGCUGGGCCAAGAUUCUUCCCUGCCGGAGGCUUCAGAUAGAUCAGCCUCAUGAGCUCUUAUCUAUGACGGAAUGCUAGGCUACCGAAGUAUUAUGUGCACUGAUUCGAAAUUCGAAUAGCAGUGUCGUAUGAAGGAGAUGCCCUGACUUUCCAGGUCACGGCCACUUUCACCUUCGAUUAUAUUCCCGGCCAGCGACCAUGGCUAUAUUCACUUCAUUCGUACAUGUAGAUUAAUUACGCAGCAUGCACUAUUGGCAUAUUCUCUCUCAUCUGAUCAUGUUCUACGAAGCUUAUGGCAGCUUAGAUGAUAUGGAUUGACAUGUACUUGUGAGUUCCUCCCACACGCAGUUGGAAUGAAACAUGUUGCUUUGCAAUCAACGAUCGUAUGAUGAAAUUACUGAAAGUAAAUUCGGGAGGUUACUUAACGCUUGAGGGCAUAUAUCACCAACAUGCGCGAAGAAAAUUGAACUGAAGGUUUCCAACCUAGUCAUUCAGAACCCCGAUAAAAGACGCCUAGAGUUUAUAUAUACGAACAGAAAGCAAGCCAGGAGACGCCAGCUACCC